UCAUCCAUGCAAGAUAUCUCACCCAUCUCCUUAAGAAAAAUCAGCGUGGAAUCUAAUGGAAGGGCUAAAGUUUGUACUAGUUUUUGUCCUCUUGGCUCUGGCUUCUUCAUUUGCCUCUGCCUUCGAUCCUAGUCCUCUUCAGGACUUCUGUGUAGCAGUGGAUGAAACCGAUGGUGUGUUUGUGAAUGGCAAAUUCUGCAAGGACCCAAAGGAUGUUACUGCAAAGGAUUUCUUCUCUUCUGGACUCAACAUUCCAGGGGACACUUCCGGUCGUGUUGGUUCAAAUGUCACUGCUGUCAAUGUUGAAAAAAUUCCAGGACUCAACACUCUUGGCAUAUCCUUAGCUCGCAUUGAUUUCGCUCCAUAUGGCCUAAACCCACCCCACACUCACCCUCGCGCCACUGAGAUCAUAGUAGUUGUGGAGGGUACGCUCUAUGUUGGCUUUGUCACGUCUAACUUAGCUAACGGAGAUAAUCGCCUAAUCACCAAAGCCUUAAAACCUGGAGAUGUUUUUGUGUUUCCAAUUGGACUCAUUCAUUUCCAAUUCAAUAUGGGAAAAACCAAAGCGCUUGCUUUCGCCGGCUUAAGCAGCCAGAACCCUGGUGUAAUUACAAUUGCGAAUGCGGUGUUUGGAUCGGAUCCACCCAUUAAUCCUGAUGUCCUCGCCAAGGCCUUCCAACUGGACAAGAAGGUAGUCGACUAUCUUCAGAAAUCAUUCUAGUCGGACAAGAACAAGACAUGGAGCAGUGGCCCUGCGAUAUCGGAUUAUAUUUGACGUGUUCUCAUCGUUAUUUCCGCUGUCGUAUUUUUUUUCAUAAAUAAAUAGGUUGCUGAACCUGUAUCUUAUGCUUAUUCUAUCAUAAUAUACAAAGCAUUAUAAUA